GUGUGAUUCAAUGUCAAGGUUACGCUAUUGUACUUUUAAUUGUCUACAUACUAAGAGUAUACUGGAUUUUCAAUCAAAGAAUGUCUUCCCCAGUUGAUCCAGAAGAUUAUUCAUUUGUAGUGUAUGGUGACCCUUUUAGCGACGAUGAAGAUGAACAAAGCAGAUUUCGUGGUCUUGCCUUUGGCAAACGAAGGCCUGUUCCAUCUGCUUACGAACAGCGAGUAUUAAAUGAAAAGGGUAGACCUAUGAGAUUUCAUGGGGCAUUCACUGGAGGGUUUUCUGCUGGUUAUUUUAAUUCAGUUGGGUCAAGAGAAGGAUUCAAACCUAAAAGCUUCCACUCUUCUCGUAAAACCCGACAAAGAGAUACAGAUGAAAAGUUUGCUCAGCGUCCGGAGGAUUUUAUGGACGACGAAGAUUUCGGUGAGUUCGGAAUCGCUCCAAGACGUAUUCGACCAACUCACGAGUUUGACGAUACUCAUGUACGUGAUACACUACAAAUAGCACUGGGUGAACAAUCUGUGAUUCCACAAGCUGGUUCACUUUUGAAAGGAUUAAUUGUAGCUACUAGGGGGACACUUGCAGAAAGGCUAUUACGACGUCUUGGAUGGAAGAAUGCACAUUCACUUUUGUUAAAUGAUGAUGAUACGGUCGAAAAUUCAAAUGAAAACAAAAUAAACGAUGGCAAGGAAUCUAACACAGAUAGUGAUAAAUUUCCCAGGGAAGAAGAAAAUUCAAUGUCUACAAUGUUCGCAAAAAUUAGUUUUGCUGCUAAAACAAAUACAUUUGGUUUGGGAUAUUCACCGUUGGACCCAGAAGUUGCUAUGGGACGGCGUAAACCGGAUUCACAUGAUUCUGAAAAUAUAUGGUCGGAGAGACAUCCUGAAGAAUCUGUCAGCGCACUGCUACACAGACAACAGAAAAUUCGAAGUGACAAUGAAUUUGACCUUAAAAGUGGAUUGAAACGUCGUGGUAUAACUGGUCAUGCUUUUGGUGUAGGUGCGUUAGAAGAAGAAGAUGCUGAUGUGUACGAACAAGACCGUUUGGCAGAAUAUGAUUGGGAAAUAGGCGGUGGUGAGUCAGAUGAUGACUGUGAGGAGGAAGAGGAUGCGGAACAAGCUGAAAUAGAAGCCGCUAGAGUUGGACGCUUGUCAUCUGCUCUUACAAAAAAGUCGAAUAAUAAUUCAUCUGGACGUAUUAGAAUCAUCGAUGGAUGGACGGCUCCUUCUCACAAUCGUGGAUCUCAAAAGGUGAAUAAAUCAUUGUCAGAUACUCUGCCUGGAUUUCGUAGUCCAUCACGAAGGCAAGGUGAUGUCAAGGUUCCCCAGACUCAGGUGUCAUUGCCGCCAGGUUAUGUUCCCGUCUUCAAUCCUCGGUGUUUAUUAAAUCCAAGUGCUAAGAGUAAUGUUGCAUCAAAUGAAGCUAAUCAUCCUCGUGUCAAACAUGAUGCUCUUUCAAGAGCUCGUCUUUUGCAAGAAGAUUCGAUUUAUGAAAAAUUAGACCCUGUCCACCAGCUUCGCUUGAAAGCUGCCGCAGCUGGUCUUCCAGUUCCUUCUUUAGUGCCAAUUUCUUCAUCUAAACAGCUGUCCAAUCAAUGUGGGAAUCCCAAUGAGCCAACCAAUUUUAUUCUACCUACCAAUCCCACAGCUGGAUUGCUAAAGAUUUUCAAGACCGAUAGUAAUAAACAAGCACGUUUUGAAGCCUACCAAGUACUUGUUCGCCGAGGAUUUUCGCAUGAAGAUGCCUAUCGUCGUUGCUCCAUCCUGUUAGACUUAAGCAGUGAAGAAAAAGAACGUGAAGCUAGUUCAUUUCAAGCCAUUAUUAAGAUGAAUAAGAUGACACCCACAAAUGCUUCAUCAAUAGUAUUGAAUGCUAAUAAUAUAAAUGAUGAUAAAAAUACUACUUCAGUUUCUUCUGUUGUUGUUACUGCUACGCCUUCGGAUCCUGCUGCUAGGCUACCACUAACCAAUAGCUUACCUUUGCACAAACAACAGUUAAUAUCAUCAAAAUUGGCCCUAAGAUUUCGUUCCGCAGGUUGCAUGGAUAUUAGCAAGGAAUUAACGGAGGAAGAGGAAAAAGCUCAACGGGCGCGAGUUGAAAGCUUAGACACUGUUGAACCACGAGAUCAUGCAGUGGCAACUGAAUCCUAUGGAGCUUUGACAAGAAGACGUCUUAAAUGGCAUCCGGAUAGAAUUUUAUGCAAACGUGUGAAUAUCCCUAAUCCUUAUCCUGAUUCAACUUAUGUUGGUUGUCCAGAUGAAAGACGUCCGCGUAAUCCCUUUCGUCAGAUGCACAAUAAACGUGGAAAAAGUAGAUUUUGUGAUAGUUCUGCCAAUGAAUUCUCCAUCUUCGACCUAUUGGAUGUUAAUCGUGGUUCAGCAGAGCAGUCGAACUCUUUGAUUGCUACUGACCAGGUGACUAGCGAUUCUGAUUCUGCGAGUGAUGUUAAUGAACCAGAGGCGACUACUUCACAGAUUCCUAAUUCUUCAUAUAAGCAGACUCCAACGACUGGUACAACAUUUCAGUCUCGUGGAAAGGCUUUAUUCGCUGCUUUAUUUAAGUCUUUAGAAGAUAAAACUGCGGAAAGUACUACUGAAGUUACCGAUGGAAAUCAAUCUUCAGAUGGGGUUCAGUUUGCCGCAGAAACUUCUCAGAAUGCUACAGAUAAACCUGAUGUUGAAUCUCUCGAUCGGUUGAUGGGACCUAGUCUUCCUGAGAGGGGAAUGGAUUCCUUAGCCGAUCAUUCAAACAAUCCUCCAAUGGAUUUAUUCAAGUCAAUAUUUGCAUCAGAUGAAGAACUAAGUUCAUCGUCACUAUCAGAAGAUGAUCACACAGAAGAUAAUUUAGUCACAUCCAAAGUUAUCCAGUCAAAUCCUGUUACAAUAUCAAAUGAUCAAUCUGGAGUAUUCAAAGCUCAUGCAUUGUUUUCCCAUUUAUUCGAACCAGAUGGAGAUAUGCGUAGGUUUUUUCCUACAGAUGCUUACGUUUCAUUUAUGUAGGUGGGCCACUGUCAGGAUUGACUCGAAUAACUACACGUCCGGAGACACAAUCCAAAGUUGAAAUUUCGUCACAAAACGAUCUAAAUCCUGAUUUACUGUAUGGACCAGAUUUACCACCGAAUUUUGGUAUGCAUUCAGUAUUCAUUUACAUGCUCAACUUCAUCUAAUGGUAGAAAGUAUUUGAUUUUGAGAGUAACGUUCACAUUUGUAGCAUAGUAACUUGGGGUUAACGAGGAAUGUGAUGGAAUUCACAAUCUUUUUUUCCUGGAUAUAGAAUAGAACUUGAAACUAGUGAUCAAACUGUUAGCAGUUUGUGAAAGUGAAUAUUUGAUAGUCUGUAGUUGGAAUGGUUGUCCACUUAUCAGUAAUUGACUUCAGCGGUGAUUGUGAUUAUACCAUUAUCAUCUACUAUGUUUGCGAACGGUGCAUUCACAAAAAUUUUUAAAUUAUGAGACAAAGGCUGCGGAAAAUGAUUUAUCGUCGAGUAAAGAUUUAUGAAAUUACCCUACCUGACAUAGAACGUAUCAUCGGGAUGAUAGGUAGACUAAUUAUUAUAGCCUAUUUGGAUCACUGUAACUUGUAAAUUUCUGGUUUACUAGUUGUUCUAGAAGAAUAAUAACGAACAUAAUAGCAGGCUGAUGUAGAUUCAUUUAAUCGUUUUGGCGGUCCUCGUCAGCUGCUUACGACUCAGAAUAUUUAGCAUGACAAAUUAUGAAAGAUCAGUGAAAACAAGACAAUGAUAUAGCGAAGUAAUGUAAGGUAAUUUUGCGGAUUGAAAUGCUGCCAGAUUGUCAUAUAAAGGUGUCACGAAUGAAAAUAAUAAACUGACUUGCACGUAGAAGGUUUAAAAUCCACUUGAUUUAGCAUGGUUCAGAUAUUCAAAUAUUAUCGUCAAUUUACACAGAAAAGAUAUCACAUCCCAUUUUAACCCGAUUUGUUAAAUAUGUCGUUAUCUUGAUCUUACUAUGGACAAUAAGUUAUGUCAGAAACUUAAUCAAGUAAAUAAUACUGUUCCACUGCGUGGUACAUGUAAUAAAUCAACAUCUUACCACACUGCCCACGUUUUACUUUUGGGUCUCACGUUUAUUUCAGUGACCUUCACAUACUUGCUUGUGUGCUAUGAGUCCUUAUUGCACAUGUUAAAACCUACUGACAAAGCUGAUCCCGAGCUACAAACAUUUUUUGUUAUCUUAUAUUCGAAGUAAUUGUGGUGAAAGAAGUAUUAUCCAAUGUCUCAUGGUAGGGGAACAAAAGGACCAACAGAUAAUUCUCAUGAUCGUCUUGAUAAAUCCCUUGGUUAAUAUUCAGUACAGUGUCUUCAAUCCAUGUUGUCUUUUAUAAUGGGAAAAUGAAAGUUCCACAUCCAAUGUUUUACUGUCUGAAAAUUGACUACAAGAUGCUUGUACGGUUCUUUUUUUGUCCUUAUUUUUUCCCACGUAAUUUAAUCUAUUUUACAUGAAUAUAAUUAAAUUCAUCACAGUACAAACAAAUGAAAUUGAUAUGCAAAUUUUUCAAAAUAAAGUUUUAUAUAAAUUCGUUUUGCCUUAGGGAGUUCAGCUAUUGACUAUUGAACUCAACUCUUGUGGAACCGAUAAAUAUGUAAAUGAUAAUCAUUUGAAGAUGGAUGAAAUUGAGUCAGAGACAUAAUAUUAGCUAUAAAGAAGUUAGUGGAGAUGUAAUAAGACGAAGAGUAAAUAAGUACAUGACAAAGUGAGCUAGGGAGUUGUUGCAUCAAUUUCCGUAUAAAAUUAGUUUUGAUUUGUGUCACUAAACGUUCAACUGCUUAUCUCUCUUUAGAGCAAUGGCUGUCCUAGCAUUUUAAUAGUUAUUGGUUGUUCAUUGUUUAAGCGUAUAGUGGAAUUCUGUAACAUCUCUUCGCUUUACUGUUUUCCAACCCAUCAAUCAUCUUUUAUCAUUUUGGUUGGUACUGUCUGUUUGAAUGUUUUCAUGGAAUUCAGUUAUUUGUUCAAUGCUGGUCAUAAAGGUCUUAUAAGUGAGUAAUUUUCACUAGAAUGUAAAGGAAAUACGCAAAACAGUCGAGUGCAAAGAUACUGAAGUACACAACACAGUAAUUUGGAGACUUUUAAUUGCGUGAAGAUUAUCAAAAUAUCAUUGCGGAAACCGAAUUAGACUUAGACUUUUUAUAACUGAAACCUUAUUGCUCAUUCUUUUUAUUUCUCACCAGCAGGAAGUGAGGAGUCCGUCAGGUUUAAGAAAUUCCUUAGGUUAUCAUUUGAUUGAUAGUGGCUUACAGUAGAAUCUAGGAUGCGUGUUUCAUUUCAUUUGAAACCCUUCAGCUGAAUCUACCAAUCAACUGACAUCAUACUCAAUCUUCAGGCAAUAUCGAAGCAUUCAAAUAUGAACCGAAAUCCCAACGCACACGUCAGUCUGUCCCAAGGUAGCAAUCAGCACUUACGUAUCAAUAAGUUAAUAAGGUUCCAAUUAACUAAGUGGAAUUCUACUUGUGCUAACCAGGGAAUCAAUAUCAUUAUCUCAUAUAUUUCCAUCUAGUUAAGUGGCGAGCUUUAAAGUAAACAGUCAUUUUAACUGACUUCGUACACUUAUCAAUCGCUUUGGUUCGUAUAUUAGUUAUAACGCGUACUAAAAGUACAAUGCUUCAUUUAUGUAUGAAAUGAGUCAGUCACCCUUGAUGCAAUUAAGAAUUCAGCUUGUUGAAAAUGUUCUUCACAAAAACACAAUAUUUUUGAAUUCGUAUACUCAUGUUAUAUAUUAAAGUAACCGUACACUUCUGAAAUAUAAUAAGUAUAAAUUCAAUUGUUGACUAUUUUCAACUGUCUGUUUAUUUUCCUGUGACGUAUUCACCACUUCCAUGCUUUUGUAUUGGGAUUUAUACAGGUCCAUCAUGUGAAGAAACGAAUACUCUCCCUUUAACCUGCGAUCUAGAGAAAGCAUCGACAUCUGCCCCUCCGGAUAUCUUGUUUGUUGAAUCACAUCUUGUUGUAGAUCAUGGUUCAGGUAAACACAAAAAACAGAAGAGUAGCAAAAAGAAACGUAAAACGAAGCAUAAGAAACGUCAUAUCAGUAGUAAGAAGCGCUCACGUAAAGCAUCCAGUUCUGAUGGUUGUUCUUCCUCAUCUUCAUCCUCCUCCUGACUGUGUAUAAAAGAUGACGGUUGUACAUAAAAUGUUAUUAUCAUUGUUCUGUAGCGUACUUUCACUUUUUGAUUAUUCUCUUGUAAGGGUGGAUUCUGCAUAUGAUCCUUUUUUCUGACUGAAGUACAAUGGUUGAAUAUGCAAAGAAAAGGCAUGAAAAUACUAACAUAAACUAGC